AUGGAGGUAAACUUUAUGGGUUUGUUUAAAAAAAAAAAAAAGAAGGAAGAAUUUGAUUACAUGCGUCUGUACCAGUGGCGUCUAAAAGAGGAAUACGAAUCAGGGAAACCCGAUGAGAUAACUACUAGAGGUCAAUCUAUAUCGAUGUCUGCUGAUAAAGCCAGAAGAGUAAUUGAUCAGAUUCGUGGGCGUUCCUACGAAGAAACCCUUAUGAUAUUAGAACUUAUGCCCUAUCGAGCAUGUUAUCCUAUUUUUAAAUUGAUUUAUUCUGCAGCAGCAAAUGCUAGUCACAAUAGAAAAUUUAACAAAGCGAACUUAAUUAUUAGUAAAGCUGAAGUUAAUAAAGGCACUACCAUGAAAAAAUUAAAACCGCGAGCUCGCGGACGUAGUUUCAUGAUAAAAAAACCUACUUGUCACAUAACUAUUGUAUUAAGAGAUACAAGCUUCUUUGAUGGAUAUGAAAAAUAUAUAGAAAGUUUAAUUCCAGAUGAUAUAUUAACUUUGUUCCGUGUUAUGCCUUUAGGUAGGCGAGUAGAACUUUUUUCUGGUCGUUAUAUGGAUAAGUUUAAAUUAAAGUCUAUGUUUUACCGUCUAGGUAUAUUAUAAAGUAAGUAUAGUGGGGUAAUAUGGGACAAAAAAUAAAUCCACUUGGUUUCAGACUUGGUACAACCCAAAGUCAUUAUUCCCUUUGGUUUUCACAACCAAAAAACUACUCAGAGGGUCUACAAGAAGAUCAAAAAAUAAGGGAUUGUAUCAAAAAUUAUAUACAAAAAAAAUACAAAAACAUCCUCAGGUGUCGAAGGAAUUGCACGUAUCGAAAUUCAAAAAAGAAUCGAUUUGAUACAGGUGAUAAUUCAUAUGGGAUUCCCGAAGUUAUUAAUAGAAAAUAGACCAAAAGGGGUUGAAGACUUAAAAAUAAAUGUCCAAAAAGAAUUGAAUUGUGUGAACCGAAAACUGAACAUUGCUAUUACAAGAAUUGCAAAGCCUUAUGGAGACCCUAAUAUUCUUGCCGAAUUUAUAGCCGGACAACUAAAGAGUAGGGUAUCAUUUCGAAAAGCAAUGAAAAAAGCUAUCGAAUUAACUGAACAAGCUGAUACAAAAGGAAUUCAAAUACAAAUUGCAGGCCGUAUCGAUGGAAAAGAAAUUGCACGUAUCGAAUGGAUAAGAGAGGGUAGGGUUCCCCUACAAACCAUUCAUGCGAAAAUUGAUUAUUGUGCCUAUACCGUUCGAACUAUCUAUGGGGUAUUGGGUAUCAAAAUUUGGAUAUUUAUAGACGAAGAAUAAAAAACCUUUAGUUGACUUGUCUUUCUGUUUCGAUGGAACGAUGGAACAAAAAAAUGGCAACCCUUUUUGAUUCUUUUUUCCAUCCAAUCAAUUCUAAUUUUUAAUCCCAUAAGGUUUAAUAAAAAUAAAAUUUACCUUUUGAUAUAAUUGCUAUGCUUAGUGUGUGACUCGUUGGUUUUUGUUAAAAUUAAGACUAAAAAAAGAAA